GUCAGCCACUCGCCUCACCUGCAGAACAUCAUCAUGUCCAGGAUGAGCUUCAUGACCAGCAGCAGCAGUGCCGGCGGACGCCCCUUUGGUAGCAGGGCAUCCAUGACCGGAGGGGCUGGAGGCGGCCGUGUCAUGAUCUCAACAGCUUCUUCAGGUGGAGUCGGUGGGGGCGCCCGCGGCAGUACCUUCUCCUACGGGUACAGCGGCUUCAGCAGCGGAGGUGGAUUUGCCACCGGUGGCGGGUUCGGCGGUGGCAGUGGAGAAGCGGAUUUCUCCACCAACGAGAAGGUAGUCAUGCAGAACCUGAAUGACCGUCUGGCGUCGUACCUCGCUAAGGUGCGUAAGCUGGAGGCGGCCAACGCCGAGCUGGAGCUCAAGAUUCGGAACUUCCUUGAGAGCAAAACUUCACCAUCCAGCAGAGACUACAGCGCCUACUACGCUACCAUCGCAGACCUGCAGGACAAGAUCCUCAAGGCCACCACAAUCAAUGGCGGCAUCUACCUGUCCAUCGACAACGCGAAGCUGGCGGCAGACGACUUCCGAAUCAAGUACGAGAAUGAGCUGGCCAUGCGGCAGUCGGUGGAGGCAGACAUCGCUGGACUCAGGAGAGUUCUGGAUGAGCUCACCAUGGCCAGAAGCGACCUGGAGAUGCAGAUCGAGGGUCUGACGGAGGAGCUGGCCUUCCUUAAGAAGAACCACGAGGAGGAAAUGAUGCAGAUGCGGACUCAGAUGACCGGACAGGUCAGCGUUGAAGUGGACUGCCCACAACAAGACGAUCUAACCAAAGUCAUGGAAGAGAUGCGUGAACACUACAAGAACAUUGCUGAUAAGAACCGUCGUGAAGUGGAGGCGUGGUUUUGCUCUAAAACAGAAGAGUUGAACCAGGAGGUGGCAGUCAGUACGGAAACGUUGAGCACAUCCAAGUCUGAAAUCUCCACACUCAAACAGACGCUGCAGGGCCUGCAGAUCGAGCUGCAGUCUCAGCUAAGCAUGAAAGCCUCCCUGGAGUCCACUCUGGCGGACACGCAGACCCGGUACAGCAUGAUGAUCCAACGAUUCCAGUCCCAGGUCACCAUGCUGGAGGAGCAGAUCUGUCAGCUGCAGGCAGACCUGACGCGCCAGUCUCAGGAGUACCAAGACCUGCUGGACAUCAAGACCCGCCUGGAGAUGGAGAUUUCCGAGUACCGCCGCCUGUUGGAGGGAGAAGCCGGAACUGGCAUCUCCUCCUCCAGCAGCAUGUCCUUGUCCUCCAAAUCGUUCUCAUCUGCCGGAGGCUCCUCGUCUGCCGGAGGCUCCUCGUCUGCCGGAGGCUCCUUGUCUACUGGAGGCUCCUCAUCCACUACCACAAAAACCACCAGGCAGAAGGUGGUCACUGUCGAGGAAGUGAUCGUCGAUGGAAAGGUGGUCAGCUCCACCGCCACCGAGACCUUCAACACCAACUAACACCUCACAUGAGACCACCAAAUAAAGUCUGCA